AUGGCGACGGCUACCACAACGCUUCACAACCCGUGGAGUAAGAGCAUAACACGUUGCAAGAGGGAUUCUGCCCACUCAAAAGGGUCCGAUGUACACAUUUUCAGUCACGAACAUCACGGCAAUAGCGCAGACAGCAUCCUUCAGCUUAUAAAGGAAACUGCAAGCAUCCGCAAGCAGUCAGAAGGUUCGAUUCAACUCAAGCCCACGCCGUACCAACCGUACGGUGGCGACUUUGCCUGGGAAUUCAAUGAUGGGGAAAGUCAUACAUGUAGCUUUGUGCAACAUAAGGCAGGUCGCACGUCAAAGGGCAUCGUCAUUUCGGCAUUCCAGCCAAGGGAAAAGUUCGACCACCUUAUCUGGGAAGAUACUGCAAACUCCCAUCUUAACCUAUACGCCCGCGAUCAGAGAAACCCAGACACUUUCCAAGAAUGUCAAUACAGUGUAAACUGCCAAGCCCGCCAUGCACCUGCAGUUUUGGAAAUUGUACAGCAUCUUCUAAAGACGUUAGAUGACGCCCGUGCGGGUUGGGAAGCUAAUGUUCGCGGACGAUGGUUAAGCAACAACGCAGAUGAACUCGACCUAGAGAAAGCAUUGGAACCAUCUGGAGAAACUGAUAGAAUCGAAGCAGCCGAGCUGUACAACAAAUCAAACGCAGAUAUGGAAACCGACCUAGUUGUUCACGCAGGUGAGACGGCUAUACUGCAAGCGGCUGCGGAACGCAUUCGGCAGGAGUUUAAUCGACUCUCUAAAAAGGAUGGGAGAGCGUAUAUGCUGCCUCUAGGGAGUUCCUCCAAAUUGCAUCCCUUAGGUGACAUGGUCAUCAUAAACGUGGAUAAGUCGAAGGAACCAUGGGAUGAUCGCGUUAUAUGGUCAUGGUUACACGAAUGUCGCGACCUUACAGACAUCAAGGGUAUUGUUGUCCGCAUAGCACCUCGAGGCGCAUCAUCGUAUCAACCCAAUAGGUACUUGAAGAUGCCUCUUCAUAGCACUACUCUGCCGCUGGCCAAUCGCCGCACCUUCCUUCCCAUCACACGCCGGCCAGCAUACAUUCUAGGCUACCAACCGCCCCCAGUUGGAGGUGACAUUCCCCAACAGGUUCUCUUCAUCUCUACGGACGAAAUUCAGUGGCCUAAAGCCUUGCAUUCAUGCCAGUGGGAGUCUGAACCAGAAUCGGAAAACGCAGAGUGGUCUUUCCAGCCAAUGCGGCUUCUUCACUUCACUGGUCAUAGUUCGAGUAUCGAUGCAGUAAGAACCACGGGAGAAGAACUCCACAGAUGGAACACGCUUGAGAGUGUAGUGCAGUCUCUACGUCAUUUCGAUGAUCUCACGGAAGCAAUACCUCUUGGUGAGAUAUUCCGAGCCCCCAACCUGUACGGGACUGGCACCCAAUUUCGCUACAGCCAGCAAACAGAAGAAGAAGAACAUAAUAGCCAGAGUAGCGACAAUGCAGAAGACGAGAGUGGCAAAAAAGACCACAAGGAAAUUAAUAGGUUGCGCAACAACGAAAAUAAAAAAAUUGAUAGGUUGCGCUCCGUCUGCAUAUCUCACGAUCCCAAGAUGGCAAUCUGGGAAAAAGGCGUCUUCAAGAACUUGACACAGCUAGAACAGAUGGCACAGUCGAUAACUCAAGGUGAGGAUCACAUUGAACGGCAAGCCAGGAAGGAGGACGAGAGAAGAAAAUCUUAUCUUAGCCAUGUCCCAGCUGCCGUACUCGCGGAGUUGUUCGAAGCGUUCCCCAAAGAUGUCCCGCCUGGAGGAAGAUCUCCUAGACAACCAAUGGUUGACUGGCUAUGGAAUGUAAAGAGGGUAAAGCAGGCAUGCAUCAGUGCUGAUCAGCUGAGUGGGCGACGUAAAUGCGAAUUGAUAGACGCUGCAACAUUCCGGGACUUGAUCCUUACAGCUCUGUCUAAAGCGGUUGACGGUGAGACAGACAAAGAAAGGAAGGAGGCGGAUGAAUAUCGAAAGCAGAUAGAGAAAUACGCGGAGAAAAAGUCCGCGUCUAAGUAA